GACUUCCAAUUUUAAUAGCAUAAACCCAUUAUUUUUUUCCUAACUUACUACUAUCAAUGUUUUCAAACAGUACUAUUUUUUAACUAUUAUCUAUAUUGCCAAACAAUCUUAAUGUAUACUUCAACUUUAAUAAUAUAGAUGACAUAUAUAGGAAACUUUUAUCUUUGGUAGGUAGGAAAGUACCAACUGAUUAACAACGAAACGAUUUUACAAGUCUUUUACAUACAUAUAACAAAUAAUUCACGACAACAUAUGUUUGGUAUAGCAAACUACAAACAUGUUUCCACUUACCAUAUUACUUUCACUUGUUCAUUCGCCGCUCUGAUUCAUUGUAAAACAUUUUGUCGUAACUAGUUUGUUACUUUACAACUAUUUACGUUGAUAGUUAACAGAAAUUAUUAACUCAUCGCAAACUUACAUCAAGUUUACAACGAAUGAUUUUUAUCGUAAACUUAUGUUAAAUUUACAACGAAAAAAACAUUCAUCAUAAAAAAUUUAUUAUUUUAAAAUUAUUUUACGUCAAUAGUCAUCGGAAGCUAUUAACUCAUCAUAAGUAUACAUCAGGUUUACAUCGGAAGCUAUUAACUCAUCAUAAGUAUACAUCAGGUUUACAUCGAACGAUUUUCAUCGUAAACUUACAUCAAAUUUACAACGAAAAAACAUUCAUUAUAAAUAAUUUAUUAUUUUAAAGCUAUUUUACGUCGAUAGUUAUCGGAAGUUAUAAAUAUACAUCAGGUUUACAACUAACGAUUUUCAUUGUAAACUUUAAUAUUCAUCAUAACAUUGCCGUCACCUGGUACUCAAUUUAGGACGACCAAAAUUAAUUUGUUGUAAAUUUUUGUUUUUAGACACAUGUUUUCUUGUAAUGUUUGUAGUUACUCAAUAUGUGUCUGUAUACAGCCAAAUAUAGCUAAACGUCCAUAACAAACUCGUGUACAUAACCGUCUAGAUGAUAACACAUGUACUUAUAUCACACACUCACUUAAGUUGUUUAACCAUACUAUAUAAGCUCUCUACAUACGAUUGAUAAGGUUCAUGAGAAAUAUGUCUUUCAAUCACUCUGUUAGUUUUUAUUCUCAAAUUUUUUUUGAUCAUUCACAAAAGUAUCUAAUUUAAAGUCCACAUAAAAGCUAAAAAUUCAGUAUCUUUGUUUUGAUCCAUCCAUAACACUUUUAGCCGGGACAUUAGUCACGGGCGCAGAGAUUUUGUAGGUUAAGAUUUGGAUCGGUCAAAAGUGUUUUGGUUACAGUCAACGUGGGUAGACUAAUAAAAUGACGUUAUAUGACUCAAAACCUUUUUUUUUUUUUUAAAAUAAGAUGGAAAUCUCAAAAUCAUGUCAUCUAAUUAAAAAUUUGCCCCCUACUCAUACCUUUUGUAUUAAAUUAAUUUAGCUUUAGCUGUAUCCCAAAUUCCGAGACUGGAUUGUAAAUUUUUUUGAAAUUUUCUUUAAAAGCCCAUUAUUACAAUUUUCCGAAUUACACCUUUCUUUUCUCGUCUCUCUCAUUUUGUAUUUAUUAAAUUCAAAAUGUAAUAAUGUAAUAAAUAUCUACUCCUUUGAUUUAUUUAUUUAUUUCUCAUUUUACGAAUUCAUUUUCUCUUUCCAAUUUCCUUCUGAAAACCCUAAUUUCUCACAUCUGUAAAUCAAUUUCUCCCUAAACUUAACCCACCCGUAGAAAAAAAAAGAAAAGAAUCCAAAACUUCUGCUGGUAAUUAUGAGUGUUUUAGGAGAAAUUCAUCCGAAAUUAAGGUUCCCCCAUGGAAGCUUCGAUCUUUCUCUUCACUAAGUUCACUUUGCAAGACUUCUUCUCCUUUCUCUUUUCUUACUCUUCUGAAUCUCACUUCCUCUGGAUCUCUCUCUCCUCUUUCUUUCUCUUGUCUGUACUUUUAAACUCAGAAGCUUGAACCUGUCGUGAUCAGAAAGAUUCCACUGUCCUCUUAAGCUUCUCCUAAACUGUCGGAAUCUCUCCUUACAGAAUCUAAUGGAGGAGAGAGAAGGAACCAGCAACAACAUCAUAAGCAGCUUUGGUCUGAACCAACAUGUAGCUCCUCCUCCUCCUACUGGUGGUGGUGGUGUCUACCACAUGGACCCACCACGGUCCGAAAACCCUAACCCUUUUCCUGUCGGAUUACCCAACACCACCGCCGCAUCCGCAUCUGCCUCCGUCGCGGCGGCUAAAGCUUCGGAGAAUGCUGCUCCGCCUUUCAGCUUAACAAUGCCGGUGGAGAAUACGUCUUCUGAGCUAAAGAAGAAGAGAGGGAGACCGAGGAAGUAUAACCCCGACGGUUCACUCGCUGUCACACUUUCUCCGAUGCCCAUCUCCUCCUCCGUUCCUUUGACGACGGAGUUUUCUUCUCGGAAACGGGGACGAGGGCGCGGAAGAGGAAGAGGACGAGGAAGAGGUCGAGGACUUGUAGAGCCGCCCAUCAACAACAACAAUUGGGUCAAGAAUCCUCAGAUGUUCGAAUUCGACAACAGUUCUCCUGUUGUAAGAACUCCAGAAGUUGUUACUAGUGCAAGUUUUACGCCUCAUGUGCUCACAGUAAAUGCCGGCGAGGAUGUGACGAUGAAGAUAAUGACAUUCUCUCAACAGAGCUCUCGUGCUAUAUGCAUUCUUUCAGCAAACGGUCCCGUUUCUAAUGUUACACUUCGUCAGUCUAUGACAUCUGGUGGUACUCUCACUUAUGAGGGUCAUUUUGAGAUUCUUUCUUUGACGGGUUCGUUUAUACCAAGCGAGAGUGGAGGAACCCGAAGCAGAGCUGGAGGGAUGAGUGUGUCUCUUGCAGGACCUGAUGGUCGUGUCUUUGGUGGUGGACUCGCCGGUCUCUUUAUUGCCGCUGGUCCUGUUCAGGUAGUGGUUGGGCGUUUUGUAGCGGGUCAGGAGGAAUCGCAGCAGCAGCAGCAGCAACAGCAGAUGAAGACGCAAAGAAGAGAAAGAUUUGGGAUCCCGACUUCAACACAAGCUUCUAACAUCUCAUUCGGUGGUGGCUCAGCGGAAGAUCCAAAGGCUAGAUAUGGGCUGAACAAGCCUGUUGUUAUUCAGGCACCACCAAUGUCCGCACCACCUGUACCCUUUUCGCAGCAUGAGCCUCAGCCAAGCACUAAUGCUGUCCAAGGUUACUACACAAACAACACUGCUGAACAGAUCAGGGAUCUCUUCUCUUCUCUCCCAGGAGAGGAUGAUGAUGAAGAUGAUGAUUUAGAAGGUGAAGAUGGAGAUGAUGGAGAAUUCGGAGACCAUAGCGAAUCUGACACCGAGGUUCCAAGCUGAUGAUUUAGUGAGAGUGAAUGAGACAUGGAUCGCUCUUGAUCUUGACCUCCUGCUUCGUUUUUUUCUUUGGUGCCUUGAGAUUCUUUUGAGUGUAAUGGGGUUUUUCUCCAGGUUUAGUUGUUUUAUUAAACAGAGAUGAUCACUAAAGAGUUAGGGCUUAUUAAAGGAUGUAAUGUUUAGGGUUCUUUGACUUGUUUUCUCUGUGUCCUUGUUGUAGAAGUGCAAAACUUUUAAGUGUGUGUGCAAACUCUCUCAUUUAAUUUACUCUUCAGUGACUUCAUUUUGAAACUCAAA